AUUACAGAGAAUAAGAUUUUACAUUUUAAACAUUGCAAUUGUUUCAGUAAAUUUUACCAUAAUUGUUAUUGAUAUUGUUUAUAAAAAAAAGCUAAAUAAUUGACUUGUAUUGAAAGGCCUUAUAUAACGGAACAACCUACAGUAAACUUCCCUAACUUCCCUACCCUGAAUUAAUAAACAGCCAAGCAGGUUGCAGUCUAUGAGUAUGUACAGGUUAUUUCCUUAAGGGUAGGGAAGUUUAUUGUAGGUUGCUCUGUUAUCUAUAUUAUCUAUAAUUUGUAGUUUGAGUGCUGAGUAGCCUUGCAUGUUAUGAUGUGAAAGUAAUUUCUAGCAUGUUACAUGUUGGCUAUGAAAAAAAUAGAUUCAAUGUAUAUAAAUGCUUAAAUAUAUAUACAUGUUGGCCAGAGUAGAUGAAGCUCAAGAAAAUGUAUAUAUCAUGAAAAAAUAAUGACUUUUCUCCUCUUCUAUAAUGUUGAUGGUAUAAGGACAUAAAAGCAAUAGGCAAGCAUGCUGGACAUAUUUCAACUUCCCAUAAAUUCAAACUCUCUAUAUACAACCUAAAUGCUAUAAUAUUCAUAAAUUAACUUGCACGUAUUUUUGGCUUUGCCUAGAACACAUAGAAAUACCAGUAUUCACUAAUAUGUCUGAAACUCACUAAUUUUAUCAAUUAGAAAUUACUUAUUUUUUAGGUUGACUGCGUGUUACCUAAUCGUAAUAGGUUUUAUAAGGUUUCCAUUUUUUUAGAUAGAAAAUGUAGACCUUGAUAUGUGAGCACCAGAGUAAUGUAUGCUUCACUAGAGGGGUAAAGUGUGAUAAUUUUGAAAGUGUCAGUAGAUGGCAGCAGUAUCUCUCUCCAUGCUCACAUGUAACUAAGUACAUCUUGGAAUGGAAUCUGUGUGUGUGCAAAUGUCCUGAGAUAACAGCAGUUAAGCAAACCCGAUCCAUUGAGGAGACUAGUAAGAAGAGUGCAGUUUCAUUCUGUGAAACAAAAACAAGCCUGAAUAUACUGUUAUCUGAACCCACUUUCUAAUACAAAAUUCAAGAUUUUGACCUGAUAGACGAAGAUCAUGUCGAGUUGGAGAGUAUUAUUUUUAUUUGCUGUUUUCAAUUGGAGCUACAUCUCUGCUCAGCCGAGAUAUUCUGUACUUGAAGAAUCAGAGCCUGGGUCUUUUGUAGGAAAUGUUGUUCAGGAUCUAGGAUUAAACAAGGUGGAUAUUUCUGAAAGAGGAAUACGUCUGACAUCAGAGAAAACCAUGGAAUACUUUGCCCUGAAUCUGGAGAGUGGCACUCUUGUGGUGAAAAGCAGAAUAGACAGAGAAAAGCUGUGUGGAUUCAGUACAAGUUGCAUGCUUCCAGUGGAAAUUAUUAUUGAGAAACCUUUGGAGUUGUUUCGCCUGGAAGUGAAGAUUGUAGAUGUCAAUGACAACGCCCCACAUUUUCAUAACACUGAGCGUAUCAUAAGAAUGACAGAACUCGCGGCUGUUGGCUCCCGAUUCCCCUUGGAACGAGCUCAAGACUCAGAUGUGGGAACUAAUACAGUUAGCGCAUAUAAAUUACCUGACAAUCAAUAUUUUUCCUUAGCUGUACAGAACAGGAAAGAUGAUAAACCUUUUCCCGUGCUUGUGCUAGACAAAGCAUUGGAUAGAGAAGAACAAGAUGGCUACCAGUUAGUUCUCACCGCCUUCGAUGGUGGAAAUCCACCUAAAUCUGGAACUAUCAUGAUAUCUAUCAUUGUUCUAGACUUUAAUGACAAUCCUCCUGUAUUUGAUGGCGCCGUUUACAAAAUUAGCUUAAAAGAAAACUUACCAUUUAAUACCCUAGUUAUACAGCUACACGCAGAUGAUAAAGACGAAGGUCCAAAUGGUGAGGUCAGUUAUUUUUAUGAAGAUCAGAACACAGAAAAUGUAUUAAGUUUGAAUCAACAAACAGGUGAAAUACGUGUUCAAGGAAAGGUUGACUAUGAAGAGAAAACGUCUUAUGAAAUUUCAGUAAUAGCCAGAGAUCAUGGGGUACCUGAAAUGGAAGGACAUUGCAUUGUUCAAGUGGAUGUUGAGGAUUUGAAUGACAAUGCUCCUGAAAUUAUUUUAUCAUCCUUUGUCAGUUCUGUUCCAGAGGAUACCCCCAUUGGAACAACGGUAUUACUCUUCAGUGUUAAAGACCAAGAUUCUGGUAAAAAUGGAGAAGUGAACAUACAUAUUUCUCCCAGUCUUCCAUUUGAGAUUUUAUCUGUUCAAAACCAUUAUUCCUUAAUUACCAAUCAAUUACUGGACAGAGAGCUUGAUGAUCAAUAUACAGUUCAGCUGACCGCCAGAGAUAUGGGAUUCCCUCAACUGCAAACUGAGGCAACAAUUGAUCUGAAAAUCACUGACACCAAUGAUAACCCUCCGACAUUUGAGCAACUUCCAGAAGGUAUUUAUAUAAAGGAAAACAAUAAGCCUGGUGCUCUGCUCCAUGCAGUCUCUGCUUCAGAUCAAGAUGAAGGAGAAAAUGCCCACGUUCAAUAUUCUAUAUAUAACAGACUUGUAGAUGGUUCCCCUACUUCAUCCUUUGUUUACAUUGAUAAACACAAUGGAAAAAUCUACACCCAACAAUCCUUUGAUCGCGAAGAGGUGCAACAUGUGGAGUUUACUGUGACAGCUGAGGAUUUUGGAUCUCCAAGACUUUCCUCAAAUAUUACUAUUCACUUAUACAUCUUGGAUGAAAAUGAUAAUUCCCCUAUAAUAUUAUUCCCGGAAAUAUCCCAGAAUCUCCAAGCACCACAGCCAAUCCCGAAAGCUCUGCCAGCUGGUUCUUUAGUAACUAAGGUCGUAGCUGUGGAUGCGGAUUCUGGGUAUAAUGCCUGGCUCACCUACAAUUUAACUGAAGUCUCUAGUCUCAACCUAUUUGAAAUAAUUCCGCACACAGGAGAAAUCAAGUUAGCCCGAAACAUUCAAUAUACAGAUCCUACCUUACAAAAACUCUUUAUUUUAGUUAAAGACUAUGGAAACCCUCCCAAGUCAUCCACAGCUACAUUACACAUUUCCUUAGAAGACCAUGUGAAUAAGCAGAGCAUUUUCUCCAAUGAUAUAGCCAUUACUGACAGCACUAAACAAAGGCACGAUCUGACCCUGUAUUUAGUGAUCGCUCUAGUUGCAGUUAGUGUAGUGUCCGCUAUUACCUUUCUUAUAUUGCUCACAAAAUGCAUUCGAAGGAGAAGCACAUUUGCUAACUGUGACUGCUGCUGUUUGCACCAGUCACAGUCAAAUCAGUACUUGGGCCAUACUCACAAAACUAUGCAGCUGGACCAAAAUGGAACCUUACAGUAUUUUGAAUUAUCUAUGGCGUCUGAAGGGCAACAAAGUCAGUGUUACCAAUUAGCCAGUACACCGAAUAUUGACAGUGGAACCCUAAACAUAAUGAGAUCAUUGAAUUUCCCUCAACUGAAGGACUUGGUUAAUAAGGAUACUUUACCAGGAGGUUAUAGGUGGAAAGAGACUUUACAGCAGGCGCAACCUAACGCAGACUGGCGAAUCUCACAGGCUCAGAGACCAGGACCUAGCGGAGCUCAGCCAGCCGAGGAAUCUGGAGUGUGGCCAAACAACCAGUUUGAAACGGAGAGACUGCAAGCCAUGAUUUUGGCAUCUGCAAAUGAAGCUGCUGAAGGAAGUUCAGCCCUUGGAGGUGGGACUGGAACAAUGGGACUCAGCGCCCGCUAUGGACCCCAAUUUACCCUUCAACAUCUACCCGACUACAGGCAGAACAUCUACAUUCCAGGAACCACAGCAACACUCACAAACGCUGCAGGGAAAGGGAAAUCAGCUGCACCUUCGGGAGGAAACAAGAAGAAAUCGGGCAAAAAGGAAAAGAAGUAAAGAUGGAUUGGCUGACACCAACAGGGCAGAAGCCCCCCGAGAACCUUUCCCCAGCCUAAAUCCUUGAGAAAUGUGGAGAGAAAUUGGAAAACAAGAAUGAUAAUUGGAAUUUAUGUGUCAUUUUUCAGAACAAGCGGUGGGAGAAACUCAUGGUUCUGUCGAUAAUUAUAAGAGUAAAGGGCCCUGUCGAUAGUAGCCAAUAUUUUGCAGUCACAUCUAUAUUUUGCGGAGUUAUUUCUUAGCUAAAUACAUUCUCUUUUUACUACAUUCUAUAUAAAUUUAACUUCCCACGUGUAUAGCUGUGCAAUCUUUUCCAGUGUAUAUAAUUAUGGCUAAAUAGUUAAUUUAUAAUUUAUGCUCAUUAGGGAGUUUCUGAAAUAUUGCAGGUCCAGAGCUCAUAUUUAGAUAGAGACAUAUGAUUAUUAUUAUUUUUUUCAGACACUGUGGAUGUUUUUUUAUGCUGCAAUAUUUCUCUAGAAAGUCUCUAGGACACCACAGGGCACUGAAUGGAAAUGGAACACUUGCACUUGCAAUGCUGCCAUCUUAAUGAGAGACAGGCACACAUCGUAUUAGUGGCGUUCACACAAACACGUAGAAAAGAUAAAGCCACUAAUCCUGUUCAGUGCUUAUUGGAAUCGGUAACUUGAAAAAAGUUAUGAUCUUACCUAAAAGUGGCACAAGGGAGAAAUAUCUCUCUGAGCCUGAGAAUAGAACCAAAAGCUGCUAUGCACAGACAUUUUUGUUGGGGUAAUAUUUUUUUUUUGUCCUCUGCUCUGAGUAAUGAACAGAAUAAUUUCUAUUUGUACACAUAUACAUGCAUGUGUAAUGGUCACUCAGCACCACUAUUUCCAAAGGGGAAGGGGAAGGGGAAGCCAGUUAAACUGCAUGUGCAUAAUCAGCAUGGGGUCGUUCAUUCUUUGUAUGGAAUGUUAGAGGAGUGAGCCUGUUUAGUGCAGGUCAAAUAUAAAGGGCUUGGAAGAUAAUUAGUAGGGUCUGGGAGGGAGGGAAGAGGUGGGUUGGGAGGUUUGAGAGUUCCAGAGAGCGGUUAGCCUCACAGCAGAAGCAAAUGAAUCAUCCUAUUGAUCUUGAAUCAUCUGACCGUUGAGUAAGUGCUUGGUCAUGAUGGAAACCCACAGCUUUAUAUGAAUAGCUACAAUACUUUCACUCUUCAAAAUGUGCCGACUUGGCACAGUCAGAUAUGCUUGUGGUUGUAAAGUCAUCAAAUGUCCAGAGAUUAGGAGAUCUGGAUGGCACAGCAUCUUAUGGCAUGAUGUUGGGCAAAGACCUAGAACAAAAUGAAUAUGAUGGCUUCUAAAAUAGAUUGUUUGGCCAAAACAUGUUGCUGCUGCUGAUUGGCCACGGAUACUAUAAAAGGAUACAUACCUUGGCAGAAUAUGAAAUAGAUGAUCUGUGUAUCAAUAAAUAAAGAUGGGAAAAUCUGUUGGAAAAAAAACACAUAAAUCUUUUAUCACUACAGAAAAACAUUAUAGAUAUUUAGACUAAUCCUGUUUAAGUCAAUGUAUUUCUUUAAACAUUUCCUUCCUAUGCCGGCUAUCUUUUUUUUCCUUUUAUAUGUAUUGUUUGUCUGAACACUGUUUAUUUUCUUUGUAUUUUGGUGACGAAUGUCUUAUAUUUUCAACCGCAUAACAUAUAAUCAGGGUGCAAGGACAGAGACAACCUUUGGAGGGGGUUGAAGCAAGUUAUUUAAAGUUCCUGCAGAAUUUGCGAUUAGCUCUGCUCUGUACAGAUAUUAUAUUCAGUUUGGCUGCACUGAAAGCAUGUUGGUGCAUGUCCAGUCUCCCUAAAUCUCACAACCAUCAGCCAUUAUUUGGUGGAAGUCUAUGGAGGCUGGGAAUGCGCUUGUGCUCCUUAUGUGUGGAAAGUCUGAAAGCAUCUCUUGCAUAGACCUGUAUCAUGUUACAUUUAUUUAUCAUGGGGGUCUGUUGAAGGGUUUUAUAGCUAAUAUAUUAAGGCUCAUUUAUCAGGUGUCAAAAACUGAACCCAUCAGCAUAAUCUACACACAGCCUAUUGAUCUAUGCCCUUGUGCCAGUUCAAGCAUGUAUGCCAGGAACACAAAGAAUUGUGCGCAUCAGUAAGAGAUAUAUCUGCCAGGAGGUUUGUGCACCCAGCAUUGGGCUGGAACUGUCCUUAGAGGUCCCCUGCCCCAGUCGCAUAUAUAGCAACUCAACUCAACUGCCCCCACCCCAUGCGUACCUUAUACUUAACCACUGUGGCCGCCAUUGGGGUGGUCCAGGGGGGGACGUCAGUUUUCAGUGGGGAGCAUGUCUGUGUCGGCAGGGCCCACCAGGUAUUUUUCCCGGUGUUCCACCAGCCCAUUCCAACACUGGGUGCACAGUGAUCAAAUUAAAUGUUAUCUUGUGCCUGCUUUUUGCCCUACAUGUAUAUACAUUAUAAAUGAGCUGUAAUAUAUCAUCUAUAGUCACUCUAUACAUUUAAAUAUUCCAUUCCUCUUGUUCGGGUUUUUUCAAAUGCUCUGAUAAGAAAGCGACGUAUUCACCAAACCAAUGUCUUGCAAAUCAAUGAACCUGUUUCGUGGUAGUAUUCCCAAAACCACCCAUUUCUGCUUCCUGUGCCACCCAACCUGCAAGGUGAACAAGGGUAAAUACAUGAGUGCACUAAUAACCUUUUUCACGGCUGUUAACGCUAGUACCAAGAAUGUCAUUUAAGCCAUUUAGCUGUAGAAUACAUUUUGCAAUUUAAUUUCUAACGACCAUUCAUUGUAGCUGAGCUGGUGUUGUACAUAGUAAUGUGAUACUUUCACCCCCCCCCCUUUAGAGAUUUUGUGGACAGCGGUAAUUUAAUUCCUCCUGUAUCUUUUCUGUGUGGUUUGUGAUAUAAAUGUACAUGAAAGUAAAUACACCUGUUCUUUCAAUGUGUCUAAUACUGAAACUGUACUUAUAUAUAGAGAAAAAAAAUGCUUUCACCCUUAUAUGCGUAUAGGCUAAUGUCAAUGUACGACAUGCAAGUUUUAUACUCUGAUAUUUAUAUUGCUUUCCUUUCUUUGAACAAAAAAAAAUUAAAUAAAACGUUUUCUUCCACAAAAA